CUUAAACAGAAUGGAUGGGAAGCCUAUAAAAACCCAGUUAAUGUAAUGGACUGACACACUUUCUUUCUAAUCCCUCUGAACUGAACGUCCUGCUGCGCGCUGAAAGAUUGAAGGCAGCAAAACUUACACCUACCCCACACAGGCGUCUUCACCUUCAGAGGGGUCGCCACAAAGAGACAGCCAAGAUGUCUGAGAAAAAGAUGACUUCCAGCCGUAGGCACCAUCUGAAGAGCUUGUUGCUCCAGAUCGCUCAUGGGCUUCUGGAGGAGGAAGCAGCAGCGGCAGAGGAAGAAAAACAAAGGUACAUGGAGGAGAACUGCCCUGGUCUCUCACUGCCUGGAAGCAUGCAAGAGCUACAGGAACUGUGUAGGAAGAUGCACCAGCAGAUUGACAUGGUUGAUGAACAAAGAUACGACAUGGAGACCAAAGUGGCCAAGUCAGACAAGGAGAUUGAGGAUCUGAAGAUUAAGGUUCAAGACCUAAAGGGUAAAUUCAAGAAACCGGUUCUGAAGAAAGUGCGCAUGUCUGCUGAUGCCAUGCUGCAGGCCCUGCUGGGCUCCAAACACAAAGUGUCCCUGGACCUGAGAGCUAACCUCAAACAAGUCAAGAAGGAGGUCAAGGAGGAGGAGAAGGAGGCUGUGGGAGACUGGCGUAAGAACAUCGAGGAUAAGGCUGGUAUGGACGGCAGGAAGAAGAUGUUUGAGUCUGAGGCCUAAAACUGCGGCUCUUCAAUAAUUUAUAUUUGGUUGUUUUAAUUCUUGUGGUAUUAUUGGUGAUAAUUGGUAAUAGGUAAAAGUGGUAUUAUCUGUAGUAAUGAAGUUAAAGUUGGUAAAAGCAAUGUGCUGUAAAAAGAAAGUUUUCAAGUAUGUGAUGUUUGGGCUUUAAUUUGUUAAAAAUAUCCACUUUUGGUCUUUGAAAUUCAGUAAUACAGUAAAACUUGUUUAAAUGCUCAAAAUUGUAUUGAGGUGAGUUUCCUGGAACAAAAUAAACUACAAAUCAAAGAAUCAAA